CUUGUCUGAGCUCCCGCUUCAGGGCCGAAAAAUCGGCGAAAACCGGAGGCCAAACCUAACCAGCGGUCCAUAAUGGCGACCAAACUGACCCCCAGCUGAUGGGGAACGCGGGGAUACCUCACAAGACCCUGCCUGGCAACAACAGUGACCCGACAAGGGCCCGAAGCAGAACGGAGCUUGAGCCGGGAUGGGACGGCCGCCCUCCCGGGUCUCCAGCCGGCGUCUGGCUCCCCUCCCCCCCUCUGGACCGGGGGGGUCAUCCCGGUCUACAAGGGCAACCACUGGGGCACAAAUCCGGGCCCAGAACAACCACUCUGCCGUGGAACACCUACCGAGCGGCACCCCACAAGAUGGCCGCCGCUCGCAAGCCAUGUGCGCGACUGGCCAGCAUGAUAGAGCCGAUCGCAGAGAGGAUCACCGAGCUAGAACAAGGCAAGUCUGGGGACAAAAACAUCUACCACAGCAGGGGAAAGAGUGGGGCUGAAAGAGUUACUAACCCUCUGACCGCAACCGACGACCCCUGGGGGAGCUGUGCUCUCACGCCGCAUGAUGCUUCUACCAGCCACCCUUCCCAAGCAACAACAAGCUUGUUAGCUCUGCACUCGGCUACAGAUCAAGCCUGGAAGGAGAAGCCCAACUGCCACCCAGAUGAGUAUCCUAGACACCUGUGA